AAUUGUAAAAAUGUGGGUCCCACAAGAAAAAGGUUGGGAACCACUGACCUAGGUCAUUAAUAAACUUAAGCAAGGGAUCUGAAUAUUUUUUCCACCUCUGGACCUACCUCUUCAGAGGCACAUGCAAUAGAAGCGACUGUUCUUUAACUACUGACAAAUCCGAGUUUCCGUGGAGUCCCUGAAUGCAGCUGAAGCGUCAACCCUCCACCCCUCGAGGAAGCCGAGCGACAUCCAUCAGACUGGUUGCACUCUCAGAGGUCCUCUCUGUUCACUCUUCUGGCUGCACCCCACCAACCACUCCACCGGGCCGUCACGUCGACCUCCGGCCGGGUUGGGUGAUCGCUGCGCGGAUUGUUUCUCUCCAUCAGGACUGUGGGAGAGAUGCGACGUCUCGGAGGAGGAGGAGGAGACGAACUGGCCAGGCAGCAGCAGCAGCAGCAGCAGACACCUGCGAGGAUCUGAGUUUGUUUCUCUACCGUGAAAGAAAAGGUUUAUUGCGGGCAUCACUAUGACUGAUGGGGAUUAUGACUACCUUAUAAAGCUCCUUGCCCUGGGGGACUCCGGCGUGGGGAAGACCACCUUCUUGUACCGAUACACAGACAACAAGUUCAACCCCAAGUUCAUCACCACAGUCGGCAUCGACUUCAGGGAAAAGAGAGUGGUGUACACAGCGUCCAACCCCAAUGGGACAACCACAGGGAAAACCUUCAAGGUUCACCUCCAGCUCUGGGACACAGCUGGACAGGAGAGGUUCCGCAGCCUGACAACAGCGUUCUUCAGGGACGCCAUGGGGUUCCUGCUGAUGUUUGAUCUCACCAGCCAGCAGAGCUUUCUCAAUGUCAGAAACUGGAUGAGCCAGCUACAGGCCAAUGCCUACUGUGAGAAUCCAGAUAUUGUGUUGGUAGGAAACAAGGCGGAUCUGGCCGACCAGCGGGAGGUUCAGGAGAAACAGGCCAAGGAGCUGGCAGAUAAAUAUGGGAUCCCGUACUUUGAGACGAGUGCGGCGACAGGAGCGGAGGUAGACAAGGCAGUGAUAACACUGUUGGACCUGGUCAUGAAGAGGAUGGAGCAGUGCGUGGACAAACCGCCUGCCGAUCCGGCCAAUGGGAACGGGGCAACCAAGCUUGGGGAUGCGCAGCCCAAUGAGAAGAAAUGUGCAUGCUAGAAAAAGAAGGAAACAACCAGUCAGCGUUCCUCUGUCGUCUGUCCUUUCUACUUGCCCCAUUCCAUCCUUCUUUAACCUUCUCCUUCUGUCAUCUUUGAUCGCAUGUUUCUUCAUCUCCCCCCGUCUGUUCUUCUCUCUCUAAAACUAAACAUCUAAACAUCUUCUGCUCCUUAUUUUUUUCCCCCACCCUCCUUUACUCUUCCUUUUCCUCCCUAACUGUUUGCCACUGUGGCAAUGAAACAACCCUGUCACCCUCUAGUGGAUAUUCCAGGUAAUGCAGUCUCAGCCCGUCUGCCUUUGAGCUCUGUUUAGGAGGAAAUUAAAGCAGGAGGGGAAAAUUUCAUCACUGUCAGACACAUAAUGUGCCUCGUUUAAAACAUGCAGCCUGGGAAUUAAGCUCUGCACGCACCCAAUUACUCUGCUCACAAGUUGUUUGUGUGAUUUAAACGGAGAUCAACAGGCGAAAAGAGAUGUUUAAACUAAUUUGAAUGCUUUAAAGGCUGAUCAGUUUUUCAUGUCGUAACGGGAACGGUUUUGGCUGUAACUGGGCCGUAAACAAUCGUGUUUCUGUGUAAAUGAAGUCCUCUCCUGACACUUUUCCUCCUGAACCAGGGUGAGAAACUGUGUCACCAGUUUCCAGUAUUUUUGUUUUUAUUUUUUCACAGUUUCACAGUGUUUUCAAUGCUGUACCCAUAUUAGAAACAUUAUGGUCAUUUUGCAGUGUUUCAAGCAAUUUCGUUCGGUUCAAGGAUGCAAAAAUGUUUGCUAAAAUGCAUCAACUUGUGUUUAAUAUAGUUGGCUACGGUGUCAGUUCUCUGACAGCUGAGUCUGAGUGGCUGUUUACAGCUAUUUUUUUUUGUUAAGCUAAUGUCAGCUUGGUAGCUAGCUUCUUUAGCUAAAUUCAGGAUCUGUAAAGCUUAAACCACAAUAAGAUGUGAAGAUACAUAUAAGACAAUAUUAAAGUUUAUAUUGGUUACAGUAAAACACCUGAUAUAGAGAUACUCUCCACACAAAGCAGAAGAAGUACAUGUAUGUUAUUUUCAUAACCAAAUUGUUGUGCUUAUGGACACUUCCUAGUGAUUAUUAUGUAUUGCAGUAUUAUGUAUUCUUAUUUUGGAUCAGUACCCAUGAUAAAUUGAAUAUUUGUCUUGGCACUCAUUUAAAAAAAAACAACUUUGGAAAACAUGUUGAUACAAUAAGCUCAGCUUCCUGUUUCUACAUCAGAUUAGCAGUUUAUGUAGCCAGCUAGCUAACAUAGGGCUAUCAGUGUUAGCAGUGGCUACAAGCUUCAUGCUAAUAUUUACAAAAGCAGCUGAGUGUUUUGAAGUAUAGACAGUCUGCAGUGUUUCAGUAACUGCUUUCUGCUGAGUUGUUGCUUUGUGUGCCAUUAGUUAAAAUUUUCUCUGAAUUCCACGAAUCUUUCUAUCCGACUUUUGAUACAAAAACAAUAGCAUGUGGUAAAUUUAGCUAGAUUAAGCUACCUUGCUGUGUUUUCUUUGGCUGUUCAUACAAGACUAAUAAUGAUUGGUAGGAAAUAGGAUUUUUGGAUACUCUGGAUACUUUUACAUUGAUAGCGUUUGUAAUUUAGCUAAGUAUAAACAAUUUCUAUUCCCAAGCAAACUGACUCACUAACUUCACUGAAAAAGACUAUGUGAGGUUGUGUUCACAUUGGCUGUGAGGUGUGUUUAUUUCUCCUGCACAGCAAAGCUCGAUGGAAAUCCAUUCAGAAAACAAGCAUUUUAAAAGUUGCUGUCUGCUUGUCAUCUUGCAGACAAACCUGACAAAUUAUGAAUUCAGACUUUUUACAUAUCUGCAUUAUGUUGUAGUUAUUUCGGCAAACUUUUUCGUUUAUUGCAAUUAAAUCGCAGCUAAAUCAGUUUAUUUUGGGUGCGUAUUGCUGUAAUACUGCUGUACCGGCAGUCAACCAGACACAGUUGAGUUGUCUGCACCUCCGCUUGAUAUUAUUGAUCCAGACAUGGCAGUGUUUGGUUAAUGACGGGAAAUAAUGGUGCCUUUGUUUAAACUGGCACGUUGCACAUGAGUCACAUGAAUAAACACAUAUUUCUGGCGGGAAAAUUUGCCUUACUACCAGUGUGAACACAUCUUUCGCAGCCCAAUUGGCCAUACUUUGCUGUUGCACAGCGAACUCUCCAUUGAUCUCCAUGAUGGUGAUGAUUGCAGAUUUGCAGGUUGUAUACCAUUUCUAUUGUAGGACAAUUAUGGGUACAGCAUGACACAUGUGACAUGGAGAAAAAAACACAUUGUAUAUCAUUAAUAAUGUGUCCUAGACAAGUAUAGACAUGUUGUUCCAAACUGAUCUACUGCCUUGGCUUUUAAAGCGUUAUUUCACUGAGGGAGAACAGACUUUCAUCUCUGUGGGAGUUUGAGAGAAGUCAGCUAAAAAUAUCAGCUGCUAUUUCACCGUAUAAAAGAUAGUAGCUAUUUUACAGGCGGGGAAAAAAUGACCAUGAGUGGAGAGGAUAAUUAUAUCUAAUCAGCAUCAACAUCACGAGAAUAGACCUUUCUGAGAAUGAAAAAAUGCCAAAUGUCAGUUGGGUGACGACAGCUGAUUUUCCAUGGUGACCUCUCAUCUCUUUGUAACAGAUAAUGAGACAAAGUGAAAUACCGCUUUAAGGCCCCAUACAUGACCAAUGUUGUUAGAAUAUAAAGUGACCAAUUAUUUAUAUUAAAAGAAAUGUAAAACAUGUAUUAUUUCUUUUGUCAUAUUUUUGUUAGAACUAUCCUUUUACAUUUCACAGUGCCAUUUCCCUUCUUUUUUAAAUUUUAAUUUCCAUCUCAACUGCGUUCAUAUUUAUUUGUUUAUUUGUUUUUUUUCCAAUGCUACAGUGCUUUUCGGUGUGUUUUCAAAUUAACCUCACAAUUCUAAAAUGUGUUUCUAACAUGAAGAAAAUAUAUUACAAACUCUUAAAGAAGAACAGUAGAAGACUUUUCUGGUUCAACGUUUGAAGUUAAAGUGGACCAUCUUUUUGUUGUGUUUUGUUGCGUAACACUGUAUUGUUUUCCCUUUGCAUACCAGACCAUAUACCAGUCCAGAAAACCUUAUAAAAUCACAGCAUAUCGAAACAAAACUCCACAAAAGGCUGCAUGUUUCACACCAUGGCGUCCAUCUUUAGAAGCCAUUCAGUAAAACCACCGUAUUGAUUUAAAUGUCAAAAUCAGUUAAAAAUGUGAAAUGAUCUCUUUUGUUUUAAGUGCAACUCAACAGUUUUCCUAAAAUCAAGUUAGACCUUGAUCUGCCUUACUUCAUGAAAAAUCAUUAGUCAAGUUGAGUUACACCCGAAACAAGGGAAAUAUUUUUUUUUGCUUCCUUAAUAAUCCUUAUUCUGUCCUUUAGUGAGAUACAGGGAGGUUUAACAGAACGGUUGCAACUUUCGGCUGCAACAGUAGAAUUAUUACCAGCCUGUUCUCCCAUCAAAAACCUCAGUAUAGGUCGUGUGUCUAGGCAGUGAAAAAUGAGCUGUAUUUAUGUAUUUCACUGUCCAUUGUAAUGCGUCAAUCUUGCUUAUGUAGUAGUGAUGGACAGCCAAGUGAAGUUAAGAAGGCAGAUUCCUGUGUGCGGUAAACAAACGGCAGACUUUCACCCAGGAGAGCGGGGUUUGCGUCCCGUGUGAAAACAAAAGUGAAUGAUUUUAAACUUAAAUUAUGUUGUUUACUUAAGUUAUGUGAAUCACAUUUUUGAAUGUGACUUGUACCUACUUCUACUUACAGCAUUUACGUACACUUAUUUACUGUUUAAACUGUCUUUUAUAACACCUUACCAGGACGUUUUUGCCCUAAACGUAGGUCAGUGGUUUUAUAACAUAAAUUCUUUCUUACAACCACGAUUGUGCUAUUUUUAGAAAGCGCCGCUGUACUGCGAGCCAUGAAAUACGAUCCGCGGUACGUACAUAUGUGUCGUUAAACGCGAGCCGCAAUACGGACAUACGUCCCGUAAUUUGUGGUACUGACACACGACCUCUUCUGUUGUUUAGGUUGGAGAAAUUCUUGUUAUUGCAGGUGGAUUUUUCGGGGCAAACCAGGGCCUGCCAAAUUAGUCAGCAGUAGGGUUGGGCGAUAUGAUGAUAUCCAUAUUGUCAAAAUUAUAUAUAUAUAUAUAUAUAUUAGGGCCGGGACUCGAUUAAAAAAAUUAAUCUAAUUAAUUAGAGGCUUUGUAAUUAAUUAAUCAAAAUUAUUCGCAUUUUAAUCGCAUAUAAAUAUUUGACCUGAGAACAGUGAGAAGUAAUUUUUUUCACAUGGAUUUUUAGUAUACCAUUGAAUAAUGACUGAAUACAUAAGCUUAAUCAACAAAAAUAUAGUUUAUUUUUGCUCAAGUCCAACAGACCAGUGCAAUUUUUGCCAUUAAGUGUAGCAAUAGCAUAUUUAGACGCUAGCUGCUAUAUGUUUUGCAUUGAGGUGAUACUUGAGGCUCGAUGUGCUGCGGUGAUAUGUGAAUUCCUUGUUGCAUAGCAACACAACCAUGCUCUUAUCAACGCUUCCAUCUGUUGGUUUUUUGUAACAAAAUGUCCCAUCAUCCACGGGGCCAACCAAAGCGUCUCAUCAGCUUCUUCCUUCAUGUUUACUGUGGUUUGUUGUUGUCUGAACUCAUGAACGCUAGUUGGUGCUCCAGUAUAAUCGGUCCGCCUGAAACUCAUCCAGUGAGAAACGUUCCGCGGUGCAAAAAUAAGUUAAAAUGCUUCAAUUUUUUUAACGCAUUAAUCUUUGUGUAAUUAAUUCAUCUUAAUUAACGCGUUAAAGUCCCGGCCCUAAUAUAUAUAUCAAAUUGUUUCUUUGACGAUGUUGAAAUGAAAAAACAGCUGCCAAACUGUGUUAUGGCCAUAUUUACAUCAUUUGGAAUCAUUGAGGCACUGUUUUGCUAACAUGGAAUAGACACAAGUAGACUUGACCAUGUGAUUAUUUCAUAGUUAUUUAUUAGUAGCUUUCUGAAGAGCCAAAACGAGGCUAAGUAUGGUGCCUAACUCUCUGCUAAUCCAAAAAAUGGGCAAGGAGGCUGAAUAAUACUAGCCACCUGUGAGGACACCAGCCUGUCACUCAAAGCAGCCACACCCUUAAUUAUGCCUCACUUUAAGUCUUAAUACAAUUUAAACAGGUGAGUUAUAUAAAAAUGCUAAUAAAAACCCUAACCCCCCAAAGCUGUCAUGAAAGGGAAAUCAGCUAUGGGGAGCGUGGUUUCUCUACCAUCAAACAUGUAUUUCACAUGGGACUCUACUGGGAUUUAUUUACUUUGAAGCCUCAAGUGGCCAUUUGAGAUACUGCAUUUUGUAUGGCACUUCCACAUUAGCUGAAUUUUUCAGCCCUGGAGGGUGCUGCUUGGAAAGAAAUCUAUAUUGAAUAGAGAAUAAAACAUUUUGUACAUAUCGUCCAGCCCCAGUCAGCACUAAAUUUACUGUAAGUGGAUAGUAAAACACUGCUGCAGGCAUAUAAAGUUUAGAGUUUCAAUAUCUGAUUAUUAUUUUACCAGUAUAUUUUCAGUAUUUUGUUCACUAUAAAAAGGUUAAGCGUCAUAGAGCUCUGGCUUCACCUCACCUAUAUUUAAUCUACCAGUGUGCCAAAAAAGAAAAGGAAACACCACACACAAGUGUUUGUUUUGGGCAAACCCAAACCUCAUCGUGCUUGUUCACUCAGAGAUGCACUGCCUUCACAAAUAGAAAAAGGUGUUUUUAUUUGGUUUGUUAUUUGUUUGAAAGCCCGACAAAAUUGCCUGCCAACAGCUGAUCUCAGUGCCAUAUUAAACACUCACCGCUGUUCCAUUUUAGUUGAUCAAAAUAUUAAUUUGCUGACUAUAAAGACAUAAGGAGCUGGCUCACAAAUUGAACAUGUUGUCAGAGUUACUCAGCAACAUGAUUGGAGUUUCCAGAAAAUACUGUAUUUCUUCUCUGUAAUGAGUUCAGUUUGGUGUUACUGUGUCAGCUGAUCAUCUGCUUCCUUUUUUUGUUCAAAUCUGUAUAUUUGAGCUUUUAUGUUGGUCUUAAGUCAUGUAAUCAUAAUGUACAAUUCGAUUUUUUCUAUUUUUAUUUUAUGUGUUUCCUUUGCUCCAACUUUUAUUCAUGAAGCUAUCCUGUUAAAGUAAUCUAUAGUGCGUAGCAAAAGUUCAUUUAAGGCCUGUCCAACUUGUUAAACGGUGCAUAAUUCAGCAAAAUAAGGCGCAAGGGGCAAACAGGUUGUAUUUAGUCUCUUAAUUACUCAUAAAUCACUAUCAUACCUGCACCAAGUGGCAGGGUUGGACCAGUGUAACACUUGGACUGGAGUGAUAUACAGAAUUUUACCACUAGGUGUCACAUUUUUCUCAGCAGCCACGACUGUAACAUAAUGGGACUGAGAGAGUCAAUGAAUGAGAGUGAAGCGACUCCAGGCCAUACUGUACCACGUAGUUGAGAAUUUUUUUCUGCAUGCACCAUUGAGUGAGGGGAGUUAGAUAAUAAUUUGCACUGGCCCAAGUAAAAUCUAUGUCUGGAAUACACACGUUUGAUUUAGCGCUGUGAGCAUACAGGUUUCUGAUGUAGGCUACUUUUGAUUUUAAUAACAAAAAUCGAAAGUAGUAGUAAUGUCAAAAAAAAAAAAAAAGUAUAAUCAAACAACUCAAUUAUCUUGUACAUUGCUAUUUAAAUGCCUCAUUUGGAAAAAUUUAAGAAGUGAGAGCUUUGCUGUCUCCUAGACAAGCAGAGUGUAUGUGCAUUAUGAACCCACCUUAUAGGUUCAUCUUACUAUCAGAAUAAUGGGAAAAUACUGCGCUGUUGAGUGCUUGAGAACGCAUUUAAGGGAACUUUUCUCAGUAUUUUAAUCUAAUGCCACUUUCUACUUCUACUCCAUGACAUUUCAGAGGAAAAUAUUGUAGUUUUUAAUUUAACUACUAUUAUCUGACAGCUUUAAUUACUUUACAAAUUAAGAUUUUUUGCAAACAAAACAUACAAAAAUAUAGUACACCCUAGUGCAGUUGGAUCAAUUGAUCAGUUCACAGAAAAUUAAUUGGCAACUGUUAUUAUUCAUGUGAAAAGAUCUCAUAAUUUGAGCUUCUUAAAUGUGAUGUAAACUGUGAAUUUGCUGCUUUUAAUUUGAAUUCAUUUUUACUCAUUUUGAUUUAUGAAUUAAAUUUCUGCAUUGAGUACUUUUACUUUUCGUAGUUUAAAAUACAUUUAGCAGAUAAAACGUAAAUACUUUUACUAAGUUUCUCAGUGCAGGACUUGUUGAAAUCUUGGUGUUACUAUUGUUACUGCCUGGCACUGGCCCUGUGUUUAUACUUGCACAAAAUAGUUUCUUGACAUGGAAAUGACAACUGAGUCAGUCUACACUAGGUUUAUCACCGGGUGUAAGCUAGAGCACUCAGACCCAAUAGUUGAAGCUGCAGUAACUCAAAAAUCAUUUUUUGUCCAAAUGGGGGCAGUGGGAACAAGCUGAAAAGACAGCAUUGACACAUUAUCGCCUCAUAAAGUUGUUUUUUUGUGUCUAUCUGAAGAAUCCCUUUAGCUUUGUUUUGGUCUCCACCAACUCCUGACAAAAGUACAGCAGCUUGUCUGUCUGUUUUUUGUUGCUGCACUGCUAAAAACAAGAUAAAAACACUAAAUCUGAGGGAAAUGAUCUUGCUGAUCUUGGACAGAUAGAUUUCUUAAAAUAAGAUUAUAGAAAUAAGCAUGUUGAACGCUUAAAAUAAGGAAUUAACUCUUAAAACAAGAUCAAUUAUCGAACACUUCUAAAUCUAAAGUGUUUUUUUUUGUCUUGGUGAGAAACAAAUAAUUGUCAGUGCACUCUGCUCGGGCCAGUUCAUCGCUGCUUGCAGCUUUAUUUGAUCUUGUUUUAAGAGUUAACUUCUUAUUUUAAGCGUACAACAUACUUAUUUCUAGAUUUAACAAUCUUAAUUUCAGAAAUCUUGUCAAGUGAAAUUAUCUGUCCAUGCAGCAAGAUAAUUUCCCUCAGAUUUAGUGUUUUUAUGUGUCGUAAAACCAAAACAAUAAGCUAAAGAGGCUAAAAUAAGCUCUGUUUCAUGCGGCAUCAUUCUCACUGUGCUCAUUAUUUCACAUGAAACAAUCCAUAAAAAUAUUGAUUAUUGCAUCUUUAAGGCUAACACAUGUUUAAAGGUACACCAAGUGUUUGCUUAAUUAAAUCCACUAAUCAGGAGCAAGGUUAUAAUAUUUUUGGAUUUUUCAUUAGUUUUAGUUUAAAUUUUGUUGUGAUUUUUUGUUUUCAAAUUCAGUUAGUUUUAAUUUGCUUUUAGAGUGAGUUUGUUAGUUUUAAUUAGUUUUUUUUUUUUUUUUGGAAAAUUCUUAGUUUUUAUUCGUUUUAGUGUUAGUUUUUUGUAAUGGGUAUUUGUUGGGUGCCAGAUUCAAUAAGGUCACAAUAAAUGUUGCCUUUAUUUCCUUUUAUUAUCCAUCCCAGCCCCAAUAAGUUUAUUAAGUCAUAAAACCAGAUAGAAGAAAUAGAUUUCAUAUCAACCAAAAAGGUUUAAGUUUUAAAAAAAGCUGACAAAGGACAUUUUCACUGUAAUUUUAGUUAGUUUUGUAACCACACAAUACAGUUUCAGUUAGUUAUCGUUUUUUGUUUUUUUUAAACUCGUUUUUAUUUGUAUUUCAGUUAACGAAAAUGUUUUUUCAGAUCUAGUUUUUGUUAUUUCGUUAGUUUUCGUUAACUAUAAUAACCUUGAUCAGGAGUGUACGUUUUGAAAAGUUGUUUUUUGAUAACAGUUUGGUUAAACAGUAGAUUUAUGACUAAGAAAAUAAAUGAUUCUAUAAAUGCAAUGCAGCCUUAUUGAUGAGGAUGACUGGAAACUAACUCUAGUCAUAAUUUGAACGAAUUUACCUAAAAACCGACAUAUCUCACAGAUCCUCCGGUCGAAUAAAACAAGGAUACAAAAUGAACCUAUUUAGCAUCAUGGUGGUCUUCUUAGGAUUUGAGACUUUGUCCAGGUUCCCAGUGCUUCUCACCUGUAAAUGAACAACCAUUUUUCCUAAUAUCUUUAACCAAUCCCUUUUAUUCUGACAGUCAUUUAAACCAAUUAGUCAUUUUUUUCUUAUGUUGCUCAUAUAUCCCCUAGUUGUUGUUUUUUAAAGAAGAUGUUUUAAACAUUUAUUUCUCACUUUCUUGUUUUUCUUGCAGCAUCUCUUUCAUAAUUCUUAAUGUUUUUUGCAUUCACUUUGAAAGUUUACACUGUUUGAAGAGUCAUGUUGUGCCUGUUAUUAACUCUUCUGUCUGAUCCUCUGUAAAGUUUGUGAGCUACUGAAUAUUUUCAUGCAUUAUUGAUUAUAGAUUAUAAAGCAGAGGCAAAAGAGACCAGAAGUUGUGAUGUUUUUGUGCCCGAUAUAUCAAAACAACUAAUCAAUCCAAGUACCUCUAAGAGCUUUUAUUUUUGGAAAUCCUCUGUGUGUGAAUUCUCUCUGAUGCCUGCGGUUUGUACACGUUUCUUCAGUUUUCACUGCGUGUAUCGAUGCCUGUGUGUGUUUGUUGGGUUUGUUGCACCGUCAGCAUGUUUGACACAAUGAGAAUGAAAUGACCUGUGGUGCGUUUAAUGUUUCUGAUGUCAGAGCUGCAAAUAAAUCUCUGUGUUUGUUUUAUCCAGCGUUUGUUUUUUUCCACAAGAGGAUGCUUUGGUUUUUGGUUUGAAGUGAUUUUACAUUCUUUGAUUGUUGAAACUCAGAAGAGCCCGAUAGCAUAAUGGCAUGACCUUUCUGUGUUGAUGAGGUGUUCACAAAGGCUCACUGUAAUUUUAUCCCAAAAUAAAAUACUUCUUUUCA